UUCUCUCUCCUCAUUCCCAUCCCACGUUCACGUUCUUGUUCUUGUUCUUGCCGAUCCUUUUACUUUCUCAUGCAUUUCUCUUUUUCGUUCUUUUACUUUCUCUUGCUGCCUUUGGUUUGUGGAUGGUUGGUGGAUUUGUGUGUGCUGUUGAUGGUGGCUCAUCCUCUCCCUACCAGUUCGAGCGAGCCAGUCGCGCAGUGGCCCCUUAUUUCAUGCCUAUCCAAGCUUUAAUCUUCAGCGUCCUGCAACAAGGGCUGGCCUUACCGCUGUCUUGGUUUAGAUCUUUUUUUUUUUACUUAAGCCCUAACCCCUAGUUAGUUUCUCCUUAGGUUACAUUUUCUCCCCUCUCUCUAGGUUUUCACUUAAACCCAAACCCCGAAUUAGUUUCUCUCUAGGUUCUGCGCCUUCUUCUCCCCUUUCUCUAGGUUUUGCCUCUUCUGUGCCUUUUUCUCUUUCCCUCUCUAGAAAUGGCCGUUUCUCAGCCCUCUAAUCAGGUGAAUGUUUGGAAGAAACCCAUUGGAGUUAAACUUGUGAAGAAGUGGGGUCUAUCGAGGUCUCUUGAUGUAUUUCAUGCAUUCUUCAAAAAUGAUCAGGUUGCAGAACUCAUGCUUAUCAGCAUAAAAGUUCAAGAGAGCGCAGGCACCCUGCGUUUGCUUGUGAGGGUCGAUGACACAAUUCGCACUGUUAUUCAGACUGCGCUUCGAUCCUACUCUCGUCAGGGCAGAUUCCCGGUCCUCGGCAGCAAUAAUUUCGACGACUUCUUCCUCUACUGCGCUAAUUCUGACUUCAUAGCUCUGAGUCCAGUGGUGCCCAUCGGUAGGACUGGAGGGAGGAACUUUCCGCUCUACAAAAAGAAGGAGGAAUACUACUUUGGUGAACAACAUAAACAACAACGAAGAAGAGGAGGAAUGGUUAAAGGCACGCCAAGCUAUGGAUUAAUAAAUCUCUCCUUCAACCUCCUUUCUCACUGAGCACUGUAAUUUUUCAUUAUUUCACUAGAAAUGCAUAAAUAUUGAGAACCACUCUCAUGUAGAAGUGUUUGAUGUUUAAAGUGCCAGUUGUUACAAUAAAAUAGAUCUAACUCACAUUUUUAGUACCC